AUGCUCGAGUCCACCGAUCUCACAUCUCCAACCGAGCUGUUUCCGGCAGCCCGACGCAUGGACAGGAAAAUCAUUCUCCACGUCGGCCCCACCAACUCGGGCAAGACCUAUUCAGCACUUUCUCGAUUCGAGAACUGUGCCAGCGGACUAUACUGCGGUCCGCUGAGACUCCUGGCCCACGAAAUUUACGACAAAAUGAAUCGGAAGGGUGUCCCAUGCAACCUGCUCACGGGCGAAGAGCGACGCGAAAGUGACGAUGUGGAUCUGUACUCGGCCACGGUUGAGAUGGCGCCUCUGAACCGGAUCUAUGACGUUGCGAUCAUCGACGAGAUCCAAAUGAUCAACGACGAACAUCGCGGUUGGGCAUGGACACAGGCCCUGCUAGGUUUGCAGGCUCGAGAGAUUCACUUGUGCGGCGAGUCCACCGUGGUCGAUCUCAUCAAGAGAAUAUGUGCCUCGAUAGGCGAGGACGUUGAAGUCAAUCAGUACAAUCGUCUGACAUCGCUUCAUCUGAGUCCAUCGCUCGAUGGCCAAUUUGGCAAUGUCAAGAAGGGCGACGCUGUUGUCACGUUUUCGCGCCGAAACAUCUUUGCGGUCAAGAAGCACAUCGAGGAGAGCACCGGAUUCAAGUGUGCGGUGAUUUACGGCAGUCUGCCACCAGAAACCAGGGCUGAGCAAGCGCGACUCUUCAACGAGCCUGGAAGCGGAUUUGAUGUGCUCGUCGCCUCGGAUGCCAUCGGGAUGGGACUCAAUCUAAACAUCAAGCGUAUCGUCUUCGAGCGACUGACAAAGUUCGACGGAGAGGUCAGCCGCUACCUCAGUGUCUCGCAGGUCAAGCAAAUAGCCGGCCGUGCGGGACGCUUUGGUACCGAGCACCCUGAAGGAUACGUUUGCGCACUCGAUGAUAUCGAUCACGAGAGGCUCAAGUACUACAUGAACGCCGAUCUGCCCUUGGUCGAGACCGCCGGUCUGCUUCCAACACUCGAACAGGUUGAGGAGUUCUCGAACAAGUUCCCGAGCAUGGGCUUUACGAGCUUACUCGAGCGAUACGAGGAUCUCUCGAGGCUCGAUGGCGACUACUUUCUGUGCAAUCUCAGAAACCAGAAAGAGGUUGCCACGCUUCUUGAGAACAAGCCGCUCGAACUCCGGGACCGGUUCAUCUUCACAAACGCCCCGCACUCAGUCGACGGCGGGUUUGCAGACAAAUGCAUGAUGCUCUUUGUGGAUGCGUUUAUCGAACGGCGCGAGUGCCCAAUCGACCAAAAGAUUGUGCUGCCGCGACAGCCUCCCGCAACCAUCGAGGCCCUGCGUGUGAUCGAGGGGAUGCACAAGAUCAUCACACUCUAUCUCUGGCUGAGGUAA